AGAGCCCAAACAGUGGCUUCAGGUUUGAAGCACAGAGAACAGAGACCAUAUGAGCCGUCGUCUCUUGUAGAAUAUAAUUAUUUAAACCCUUCAGAAUGGCUCGAAAGACUAAGAAAGAGGAGUACUACCGUUUCUUCACCGUUACAGAUCCACGCACACACGAGAAAGGCCACACGGAAUAUAAAGUGACGGCGAGGUUUGUGUCAAAGAAGCGACCAGAGGAUGUGAAAGAGAUAGUGGUAUGGAGAAGGUACUCAGAGCUGAAGAAGCUGCAUGGAGAGCUGGCUUAUACUCACAGGAACCUGUUCAGAAGACAAGAAGAGUUCCCGCCUUUUCCACGGGCGCAACUGUUCGGUCGGUUUGAUGAAGCAGUGAUUGAGGAGAGGAGAAAGGCUGCAGAAACUAUGUUGCUCUUCACUACAAAUAUCCCAGCACUGUACAACAGCCCCCAGCUCAAAGAGUUCUUUAGGGGAGGAGAAGUGAGACGACCGUUAGACCCAUCUUCUGUCUCUUCCUCCUCUCCACUACCUCCCCCUCUCAUCCCUUUACCCAAGGGGGCCUUUGGACUGGAAGCAGAAGAGGAGGCUGGGAGGGAAGCUCCCCUCCAGGCUCAGGAACUGGAGUCCAGUCUGGAAGAAAAAGAUCUGGAUGAGACUGAGGUGGCAGUGGAGGCUCUCAGUGACAUGGAGGGCAGCCCAGUGGAGGAGACACAAAGAGAUAAAGAGGAAACACAACAGAAUAUCAGCACAGAUCAGUUCACCACAGUUGACUGCCCUGAGCCCCCUGGUUCUCCAGUUGACCAAUUGGAGGAGUUUGAUGCUCUCUUUGACUGUGUAUCUGAGGAGCCGGUGGACAGGGCUCCACCUCCUCUCUCAGUCGAGGACCUAGCCAUCUUUGACCCAUGUGCUAAGGAAGAUCAGUCUUGUGGAUCUCCUGAUCAUUCUGAACUCCUGUCCCUCAAACUGACAAAAUCAGAUGGUGCUGGAUUUGGUGAGGAUGAAGGUUAUGUGGCCCAGGCGACCAAGGAACUGAACUCAGCCCAGGAGAGAGAAAAAGAAGGAGAAUACAGCGCAGCAAUACUGAAAUACAGAUCAGCAGUGGACAUCCUAAUGAAAGGAGUGCAAGGAGAAGUGGAUGCUCAGCAGAGGGACGCAGUGAAGAGGAGGAUAGCUGAGUGCCUUGAGCAUGCAGAGAGACUGCUCUCCUUACACACUCCUACUCAGAAACACAACACGUAGAGCACACACAGACACAGAGACAUUUUAACACUACUAAUAGUGGAACUCCCACGGAGUCGCAACACAAUACACAUACACACUCUCCCUCACACAUAGACACACGGAAACAUUUCCCUCUGCUGCUCUUUUCAGUGUAACUCUUCAACAACCCACAUGAUACACUUAUGCACACACAUAUACAUUCACUCUUUACUCCCGCAUUGACUUACAGCAUACUGAUAGGGGCCCAGGUUUUAGCACUAUGUUCCUUUCACUAUAAGGCUAUAGUACUGGAAAAGAUUUUAUAGUCUAAUUAAAAGGAACAAUGACAUUUAAAUCGUUUGAGCCUUUAAAAACUUCCCCUGAGAUGGUUCCAGAGUCAAUUUCUUAAUCAAAUGCUGCAAUUGUAUUUAAGAUAAGCCUUGUUAAUGUUUGUCAAAUCAGCUCCUUUGUGUGGAAUCAUGCCUUUUUUGUAAAUUAUACAAAAAUUGGAACAAA